CGUAAAUUGUCGUUUUGCGUGUGUUGUGUGUGUUCAUCUCUCUCGACAAUGUUAAACAACAUUGUUAAAAAAAAGAAAGACUAGAAAAACCAGACAGCCAUAAUACCGGACGAAAGUCACAAAGUUCAUAAUUGCUCUCUCUUUUAUUCUACGUUUAAGUAAAAAAAAUAAUAAAAAUAAAAACAAACGUCAUUUAAUUAUAGUGCAUAUAUAAUUAAUUAUAAAUAUAAUAAAAAUAUUGAAGAAUAUAAUAAUGGCAGAUACAACAGUUGACGCUACAAGACGUCUAAAUGUUAAAAAACAAACUUUAGACGAUGCUUAUGCUGCACCAGCAAAUUUUCUUGAAAUUGAUGUGAUAAAUCCAACUACACACGGUGUUGGAAAAAAAAGAUAUACUGAUUAUGAAGUUCGCAUGAGAACUAAUUUACCAGUAUUCAAGGUAAAAGAUUCAAGUGUCAGAAGAAGAUACAGUGAUUUCGAAUGGCUAAGAAAUGAAUUAGAACGUGACAGUAAAAUUGUUGUGCCUCCACUGCCAGGUAAAGCAUGGAAACGUCAAAUGCCAUUUCGUGGUGAUGAUGGAAUAUUUGAAGAUGAAUUUAUUGAAGAUCGCAGAAAGGGUCUAGAAACAUUUGUCAACAAAAUUGCUGGACAUCCGUUGGCACAAAAUGAAAGAUGUUUACAUAUGUUUUUACAAGAACCAAUGAUAGAUAAAAACUAUGUACCAGGAAAAAUAAGAAACACGUAGAUUUAAUAUAUUCUUGUCAUUCUAAAGAUUAUAGAAAAAUUUAUAUAUAUUUCGAAUGAUCUUUUUUUAAUUUGGUAAAAUGAAAAUUAAAAAAAUAUAAUUGCCGUUUCAUUUAUACUCUGAUUUGAACAUUGUCAAUAAUUUAAUGUCAAAAUUUUUUACAUGUAUAUUUGUUCAAUGAGGAUAAAAUGAAAAUAUUAAUUAAAAAAAAAUUGUUAUAUAUUAUUGAUUAUAAAAUCAAAAACCAAAACAACCGAAUGAAAUAAUUUUUUUUCUCUUCUUUUUUUGUAAACAUAGUAUUAAUUUUUUUUUUUUCUUUUUCAAAUGAAAUAUUUAUGAUUUUAAAUUUUGCUCACAUUUUCUUUUUUUUUUUUAUCAUUUAAUAUAUAUAAAUAUAUUUUUUUUGUUAUUAAACCAAAUAUGAUAAGUGUUUUUAUGGAAGAAAAUUUGAUCUAUAAAUAAUUGGGUGUUUAAACAUCACAAAAAUCCCCGAUGUGAUUAAAUUAUAAUAGAUAUAAUAAAAGAAAACAAAUUAACUUGGCAAAAUUGUUUCAAGA